GGAAGGAGGCCCCGCCUCCCGGGGGCUGGCGCCGACCAAUGGGAAGAGCCGGCUCCGCCCAGUGGGCAGGGCCAACGCGGGGCGCGAUGGCGGCACCGGUGCGGGAUCGGGAGGCGCUGCAGCGGCUCAGCUUCCUCUUUCAGGCUGCACACUGGGUGCUGCCCCACAGCCCUGCCCUCGCCCGCUUCUACUGCAGCACCCAGCGAGGGGCCGCCCGCCGCCUUGUCCUGCGCAUGGCACCUUCGGUGAAGCGGGCCGUGUGCCGCCGCUGCUGCUCUCUGCUGCUGCCUGGGGCUGGGGGCUGUGUGCGCCUGCGAGGAGGGGGGCAGCCCCACAUAGUACUGCACUGCCAGAGCUGCCGACGCCGACGCCGCUACCUCUGCCAGCAGAAGCACCGCCCCCUCGACCAGGCCACGCCCACCGGCCCUGCCCCAGAGGACAGCCCAGCAUGAACCCUACCCGGCGGCAGAGCACCGACGGGACCUCCGACUGGUCCGCACAGAAGCUGCCUUUAACCAACCAGGAGGCACUGGCUGCAGAAAUAAACCUCCCUUUAUUUCA